AUGGGACACUGCUUCACCAAACCACACGACAACAGAGUACCUAUCUCCUAUGACUAUGAUAAUCCACAAUUCCCACACAGAAACCAACCCCGACCUCAUCAUCGUCACUAUCCAUACCAUAAUACUGGUGCGAAAUCAGCUCCAUCUUCAUCUUCUGCUUCAUCAUCGCAUGCGAAUAGUGAGCAUCAACCAAUAUUAGGAAGACCAUACAUUGACAUGAAGACACUGUAUAGUAUCGGAAAGGAACUAGGAAGGGGUCAAUUUGGUGUCACUUAUUUUUGUACCGAAAAGGCCACUGGAAGAAACUAUGCUUGUAAGUCGAUUUCGAGACGUAAGCUAUUAAGAAAGAAGGAAAUUGAGGAUGUUAAGAGGGAAAUUAUGAUCCUUCAGCAUUUAACAGGACAACCCAACAUAGUUGAGUUUAAGGGUGCUUAUGAGGAUAGACAGAGUGUGCAUUUGGUGAUGGAGUUGUGUUUGGGCGGCGAGCUUUUCGAUCGGAUCACUUUAAAGGGUAGUUAUUCUGAGCGUGAAGCUGCUUCUAUAUUCAAGCAAAUUAUGAAUGUGGUUCAUGCUUGUCAUUUUAUGGGGGUCAUGCAUAGAGACCUUAAGCCUGAGAAUUUCUUGCUUGCUAGUAAGGAUCCUAAGGCACCUUUGAAAGCCACUGAUUUUGGAUCCUCUGUUUUCAUUGAAGAAGGUAAAGUAUAUAGAGAGCUAGUUGGAAGUGCAUACUAUGUGGCUCCAGAGGUGUUAAAAAGGAAUUAUGGAAAGGAGAUUGAUGUGUGGAGUGCAGGAAUCAUUUUAUACAUCCUCUUGUGUGGGGUGCCUCCAUUUUGGGCUGAAACCGAAAAGGGCAUAUUUCAAGCUAUUUUGGAAGGCAAACUUGAUCUGGAGAGUGCACCAUGGCCUUCUAUUUCAGCUUCUGCAAAAGAUUUGAUCAGGAAAAUGUUGAGUUAUGACCCUAAGAAACGCAUUACAGCUUCUGAUGCCCUUGAGCACCCAUGGAUGAAAGAAGGUGGUGAGGCAUCAGAUAAGCCCUUAGACAAUGCUGUUUUAAUUAGGAUGAAACAGUUCAGAGCAAUGAACAAGAUGAAGAAACUUGCUUUAAAGGUAAUAGCAGAAAACCUUGCAGAGGAAGAAAUCAAGGGCUUGAAACAAAUGUUCAACAAUAUAGAUACGGAUCGAAGUGGCACAAUCACAUAUGAAGAACUAAAAUCUGGACUUUCCAAAUUGGGAUCCAAGCUUAGUGAAUUUGAAAUAAAGCAGUUAAUGGAGGCUGCUGAUGUUGACCAGAAUGGAACUAUUGACUAUCAUGAAUUCAUUACUGCCACUAUAAACCGGCAUAAACUUGAGAGGGAAGAGAAUUUGUUCAAGGCUUUUCAAUACUUUGACAAGGAUAACAGCGGUUAUGUAACAAGAGAGGAACUUAGACAGGCUUUGGCUGAAUAUCAAAUGGGAGAUGAAGCGACCAUAGAUGAAGUCAUAGAUGAUGUAGACACUGACAAUGAUGGACGAAUUAAUUAUCAAGAGUUUGUAGCUAUGAUGAAAAAGGGGACCUUGGAUAAUGAUGAGAGAGAGAAACCAUGA